UUAUACUAGCAGAAAGAGAACUGCCUUGUUCCCUCCCAAGAGGAAUUUAAGAGCACUCUCCUUCUUCCAGUCGCUCCCCAAUCUUUUCUCAUCUCCAUGACAACUCUUCCUUCUUUCCUUUCUUCACGCCACCACCAAUCAUCCUGCUUUUUCUUCGUCAUCUGACCUACAAGACAGGGAUGGAGGGUGGGAAACGGCAGUGUUGCUUUCAGGAUUAUUGGAUGGGACUGAGAGACUGGAGCUUCCCCUCACUUCCGGUAAACGGAGUGACCCCAGAGGCAGAACUCUCUUUUAUAGAGUCUCUACAGCCUUCCCGGAGAAACCUCGGCAGCCUUGGGAAAACUGGGGAAACCUGAGGAGAGAGCAGCCGUCUGCAGAUAAAUACUGUUAUGCCACCCACUGCGGGUGUAUCUUAACAGCUUUGGGGAGCUGGUGCAGAAAUUAGCUGUUGUUUCCCUCCUCGAUUCUCCCCUUCCUCAGCCAGCCUGUCAGCAGUUCCUAUAUAUGGGCUGCAGCAGAUUGACUUAACAGCUUGCCGUAAGACCAAGAAGCCUUAAGGAAAGUUUGAACGGGGGUGAAUUGGGUAAGGAGGAGGACCAAUGCUGUUUUGGAAUCGCACCUCUCCACAGAAUGCUUAAUGUCCCAUAAUAUGAGCUAUGUAAUCAUGUUUCCUUUUGCUUAGACCAAAAUUGUUGAAAACCAGACAUAUGAUGAGCGCCUAGAGAUUAACGACUCCGAAGAGGUUGCAAGUAUUUAUACUCCAACCCCAAGAUACAGAGGACUUCCUCAUUCUGCCCAUCCUCCUAACAAGACUAUGGCUGAUAACAGCAGUGAUGAGUAUGAAGAGGAAGAUAACAAGGUUCCAGGCUACAGAGGCAAAGACACGGACCCCAUCCCAACUGCCCCUGCAAGUCCCAAGUGCCAUCAGACCCCUGCUCACGGACUUGAGAGGGUGGGAUGGUACAUAGAGAACCAGAAGCUCAGAAAGGAGAAGAAGAAGACCUCUCAGCUGACACCUCAACAGGGCUUUAGUGAAAAUGACGACGACGAUGAUGAUGACGACUCAUCUGAAACCGAUUCCGAUGAAGAAGAUGAUGAAGAGCAUGGUGCCCCUCUGGAAGGAGCCUACGAUCCUGCAGAUUAUGAGCAUUUGCCAGUUUCUCCUGAAGUUAAGGAACUCUUCCAAUAUAUAAGUAGGUAUACACCUCAGUUGAUUGACCUGGACCACAAACUGAAGCCUUUCAUACCUGAUUUUAUCCCAGCUGUUGGGGAUAUUGAUGCAUUCUUAAAGGUUCCACGUCCUGAUGGAAAGCCUGACAACCUUGGCCUCUUAGUAUUAGACGAGCCUUCUACAAAGCAGUCAGACCCUACAGUGCUCUCCCUCUGGUUAACAGAGAACUCUAAGCAGCACAACAUCACACAACACAUGAAAGUAAAGAGCCUGGAAGAUGCAGAAAAGAAUCCCAAAGCCAUUGACACUUGGAUUGAGAGCAUCUCUGAGUUACAUCGUUCUAAACCCCCUGCAACUGUACACUAUACUAGGCCCAUGCCUGAUAUUGACACACUGAUGCAGGAAUGGUCCCCAGAGUUUGAAGAGCUUUUGGGCAAGGUAAGCCUGCCCACGGCAGAGAUUGAUUGCAGCCUGGCAGAGUACAUUGACAUGAUCUGUGCCAUUCUAGACAUUCCUAUCUACAAGAGUCGGAUUCAGUCUCUCCACCUGCUCUUUUCCCUUUACUCGGAAUUCAAAAACUCACAGCAUUUUAAAGCUCUAGCUGAAGGCAAGAAAGCAUUCACUCCUCUAUCCAACUCCACCUCCCAAGCUGGAGAUGCAGAGACACUAACCUUCGGCUAAGAUACCUCCCCAGUCACUUGUUUCAAGGCUGAGCUGACUUUUCUGCCCCAGUUGAGGAGAGAGAUUGUCAUCAGCCACCUGGCACCCUGCCUGUGUCACAGCUUGACUCAGGGAUAGUGCCCGUCUUACUACCUUCUCUGCCGGAAAGCACUACACGUAUUCGUUAAAUGGCUUCUGCCUGUCUCAAGAUUUCCUUCCCAUAGGAAUGAUGCAUCUCUACCACUAUGGGGAUUUGAGUUAGAUGAAUUGGAAUUUCUGGGAUCCCAGGAUGCUCAGUUAGGAGGAAAGUUGAGUUGUUUUUUUCGAGAUAGCGAUAGAAUUAAUUUUUUUCAUUUUUAAGUUAGUUGGCAAAGAUUUUACAAAUAAAAUGCUCUUAUCUUUCCAGGUUGUCCUGCUGGUCUAUAAUAUGAAAGAGAAAAGGCAGACAGAGCAUAAGGCAGAGAUAAGGAACUUGGCCUAGUAAUAAGCAUUAAGUGAGUAACAGUUUAAGCACAUCAACUCUGUGAAAUGAAAUCAAACACCAGCUUCCAGGAUUGGCAGUAUAGGGGAAUCAUUUUUCUGCCAUAACUUUUUUUUUUCGGGGGGUCCCUCACCAGUUAAUGCUGCCCGCCUCACAGGCACCUACCGGUCUGGCUCUGGACCUACCUGGUUGUGAUCUCAGGGAGCCUAGCUGUUGCAGUGACACAGGUAAGAGAUCACUGUGCCUUGGACUAAAGUGGGCAUUGUGGUAGUAGCAAAGAUGGAUAGAUUCAGGAAAUAUUUUGGAGGUUAUAUCCUCCAAGCUCCAGUCAGGAAGUCAGAAACCAUGCUAGUUAACUUCUAACAAAGAGUGUUAGGUAUGGGAAAUUGGUUACAAAAGUAUUGGAAGGGCUGAAAAAACAAAAGGGAGAAUGCAGGGUGCUGAAGGAAUGAAAGACUACAGGGGUGGAAUCCACUGCAGGUGCUAGAAGCAGAAGAGGUGCUAUAAUGGUCUUGAAUGGUGAGCAGGUGCCACACGGAGGCACAGCUGGUGCGCGGACCUUGUCCCCACUGCUACAGCAGCUGAGAGCAAUGGCUGCUGCUUCCUUUCUGCAGCGUUCUGGUUUCUUGCCAGUGCCUCCCAUUGGCAGAUAAUUAACAGCUGGCAGGGAAAUCUGGACGAUCUAGCAGCAUAAAACGGAGUAUAGAAGGGAGGGUGUGGGGACAACAGAUUAAUCAGAGACAACAGAUUAAUAACCGGUAGAAGUAGAACUAACAAAUUUGGUGAUAGAUUGGACGUAGGGGAUUAAAGGAAAGAAAUCAAGGAUGACUCUCAGGUCUUGGGGCUUGAGGAACUGAAUGGAUAAUGGAGCCAAGUACUGAAAUAGGGGAAAGUGGGGCAAGAAUUGAUUAGAGGAGAAAUUACAUUAAAAUGCUACACUGUCAGCAUAGGUAAAUAUUUCUUAGACUCUUAAACCAACUAUGAUGUUCACAUUAUGCUUGAAUUUGCGGAGCAGGAACAUUUGAGCUUAGUCCUUACUUUGGCACCAUAUUGGGACCAGGUGCUUUGUCCUCAAAUGGAUUUCAUUUAUGCUCACAUUUAACCCAUAGGGAAAAAAGAGGAGCAAAAUGUGAUAGGAACUCAAAUUAUCCAUUAGAUUUUUUUUUAAUUUCAGUGAUUUUAUUUUAAUACCUUGUAGAGCAUUAACAAAUUUUGUAUCUAAUUCAGCAAUCUCACACUAGAAUUUCUUUAUUAAUUGCUUAUAAAUACUUAGCAAUUUAAAUGCUCUCUGAACCAAUGGUAAUAUCUGACUAGUUUUCUCACCAAAUCAUUGAAUAAAUUCUCUGAUACAUAUUCAUUAAAUACAUAUAUGAGAGUCAUAACAGAUUUUUUUAAAGUGCAUGGAUAGUUGCUCUUGUUCUGCCUACUCCAUUAGAUUUUUAAGAAACAGUCAGUUUGACUUCUUUGGCUAGAGGUGAGACUCAGCACUAAUAAAUUGAUUUUUGUUAUUCAUAGUAGUUAUAAUCAUUGCUCUUAGGGCAAAUACAAGGUGAGGUUCCUAGACGCCUCUGGUUACAUCAUUUUCGUCAACCUGCCACUGAUACAUUGAAUCCACAGCCACCAGCACUAUAAAUCAUGCCAUGGUGAAGCUUAUCUAACACUUCCUCCAUAAGGCACCUCAGAACUAUGUUUGGGAGCCAUUUUAAACAGUAAAAUCACUGCCAAUAAGCAAAAUCAUAGCAUUAAAUAGACCUUGAAAAGGGUACUUGUUUAUACAAUGUGAGAGCUGAAACCAGAAGGCACAGCAUCGCUUUAUUCAGCCUGAUUUUCACUGCUUUGAGUGUGUU